CGCAGCUUGUUUAUCCCCUUUGAAGUUUUAAAUUGUUUCAACAUUGCUGGUUGUGACAUCUGCCGAUCUACAAUGUUUUUGCCACCUGAUUCUUCAGUAACUUUGUUUGAAACACCCGAAUCCGCUAGGCCUCCGUUACUCUGACUAUUCUGCUUCAUUAGAACCUACCCUUGAUUGGCUACCGUAAAAAGACUCUUUUGUUUUAAGAUUAUGAUUUGCUUUGACUGAAAGAUUGCAAUGUUUUCUUGUGCAUACAAAAGGAAAACAAAAAGAUGCGAGACAGGCGGGGCCAACUGUUUCCGCUUGCGACUACAAAAUCCUCGAAAGCCCAUGAAAAUCUUCAGUGACCAGCACAUCAAAGGCCUAAACUGGCACCGAAAAGGUUGAGGUAGGUGUCCAGGGAGAGGGGGAAGGGAGGGUAGGUGUGCAGAAAGUAGGUGUUGGAAAGUAGGUGUGCAAGCCACCGCUGAAACCCUUGAAAUGGGCAUUGAAUGAAAGCAGUCGGUGUGACAUUGAGCGAAGGCAUUUUUAUUAAGUUUGUUGGUGACUAAGCACGAGAUUGACACGCCAAACAACAGUUACUGUGAAGAGGACAUAUGGCUUGCUAUUUAAUUAGGUUUUGAGGAGUAAGGAAAUCCACAUGUGUAUAUAUAAUAUAAUACAAGAUUGGAGCAUCCAUUCGUAUAUGCAUAUGCCCAUUAUAUGAUCAUUUGAGUGGUGGGAAGCUGCUGUUCGGCUGAGGGGUAUUUGCAAUCUGCAACUGCCGCAUCUACAAAACAGAAUGGUGAGGGGCAAGGUGCAUAUGGAAAAAGUACAGGACCCUGUAAAUCGUCGGGUUACGUUCUGCAAACGCAAGACAUGCCUGUUGAAGAAGGGUAAGGAGCUUUCUACUCUUUGCGACGCGGAAAUUGGCCUCAUCAUUUUCUCGCCAACGGGGAAACUUUACGAGUUUGCUAGCCCCAGCAUGAGGAGAAUAAUGAAGAAGUAUCAAAAGUUUGGUGCUUCUAUGGGACGCCACAUACCAUUAGAUGAACAUUUAGAGAUGCUACGUUUGGAAGUGGAGAACAUGCGAAAGAGGAUUACUUUUUUAGAAAAAACAUACAAACAUAUGAUUGGUGAAGAUUUGGAAUCAUCAAAUUUUAAGGAGCUGCAAUGUCUUGAGAAGCAAAUGAGUUUGGGUGCUAGAAGGAUAUGGACCAGAAAGGAAAAAAUGUCACUAGAGCAUAUUCGAUCUCUAAAAAUGAAGGCAAAAUCACUUAUAGUAGAAAACGCUAAUCUGUUUAAAAAGAUUGGUAGAAGUCGCACGGAAUGUUACCUUAAUAAUGACAUCAUGGAAGGAGUCAAUAGUAGUUUGGAAACAGAUGCUGUAACUCAACAAGAUCUGCCUCAGACUAAUCUCAAUCUCGCCCUCUCAUGAAUUCAAGGGGUCUCUAUGGUCAAAGUGAUUUUUCUUGAACUUAUUUCAGGCACAGUGAAGUUCCAACAGUAUUCAAACAGAUCAUAUAAAUUAAGAAAUAAAGUAUUCCAUUAAUGUUCCUAGACUCGCACCUCUCACUUUCUUUGUUGUCUAUGCUAUGAUUUGAGCUUGACGCUUAAUUUUUUAACAUUAAUUUUACCAAAUAGAAAAUAACUUCUAGAUUGAAAUAGUAUACAAGGUUAAAUAACAGAGCGCCUUAUGUUAUCUUUAAUGUAAAGAACAGAAUCUGGAACAUUCAACAAACCACAACCCAUCAAAGUUUCCUUAAAUUGUUUUUCUCCAUUACAAAUUUUUAGCAGUUUACAUUUCCCAAAUAAUAAUUCAGGAAAACUUUUGAUUCAA